AUGAAAUUCACUACUGCAUUCACCCCGGUUUUGUUGGCUUUGGCCCAAACCAUUGUUGCCGAUUCUGAAAGUUUUUAUCCACUGGUGAUCCACUCAGGCUCCAGUUUGCAGUACGCUACCGCGUACGUGGACAACGGCAAGCUUUACUUGGGUAACCCGGGGUCCUCGAACUCGUUGACGUUUACCGUCACGGACGCGGGAAAGUUGAAAAUCAGCGAUGGCAAGUACGCGGUUGUCAGUAGCGACGGGUCCAUCACAGAAGGGUCCCAGGACGACGGCUCCACUGGAUUCUCGCUUUCUGAUGGCCAUUUGGAGUAUAACAAUGCUCAGAGUUUUGUUGCGGUGCCUUCUGGGUCUGCCUAUGUGUUCUCGACGCAGGGAACCGCUUCGGACGAUAUAGGUGUUGCCAUUCGUGCUCAAUUAGCGUCCGGCUCUACGGCAAGCGACUUUCCAUCUUCUGCAUCGCAGAGCCAACCAGAGACCUCCUCGACCGCGGCUGCCAUUUCUCAGAUCGGUGAUGGUCAAAUUCAGGCUAGCUCUGCUUCGCCAAAGUCCUCUGCGGCUGCCAUUUCUCAGAUCAGCGACGGUCAGGUCCAAGCCACAUCUGCUUCGCCAAAGUCCUCUGCGGCUGCAAUCUCUCAAAUCAGCGACGGUCAGAUCCAGGCUACCUCUGCUGCUCCCAAGUCUACUGCUGCUGCCGUCUCUCAAAUCGGCGACGGCCAAAUCCAGGCUGCUAGCACUUCCCCAUCAAUCCAAGUUCAAAGCGAAAACAAUGCCCCACGAGCCGUCGCGGGUAUUGGUGCCGGUAUCGCAGCUGCCGCUUUGCUGAUCUAG